AUGGGUUCGAAGGCCACCGUGGUGGCGCUCCUCCUCUUGUGCCUGGCCGCGGCCGCGUCUGCCACGCCGGAUAUGUCAAUCAUUAGCUACGACGAGGCCCACGGCAUGCGGGGGCUGGAGCGGAGCGAGGAAGAGAUGCAGAUCCUCUUCGAGGGGUGGCUCGUGAAGUACGGCCGGUCGUACAACACAGAAAAGGAGUGGAGGUUCGAGAUCUUCAAGAACAACGUCCGCUUUAUCGAUGCCCACAAUGCCGCCGCCGACGCCGGCCACCACUCCUUCCGCCUCGGCCUCAACCACUUCGCCGACAUGACCGACGAGGAGUACCGCGCCAUCUACCUCGGCACCCGGCCUGCCGGCCACGACUGGAUGGCCCGUGUCGAGAGCGACCGCUACCGUUACAACGCUAGCGAGCGCCUGCCGAACUCCGUCGAUUGGAGGACCAAAGGUGCUGUCGUCGCAGUCAAGAAUCAGGGCAAAUGCGGGAGUUGCUGGGCGUUCUCGGCCGUUGCUGCGGUGGAAGGGAUCAACAAGAUCGUGACUGGGAAGCUGAUAUCCCUUUCCGAGCAGGAGCUGGUGGACUGCGACAACGUGGACAACCACGGCUGCAAUGGUGGCGUCAGGAACAAUGCCUUUCGGUUCAUCAUCAAGAAUGGUGGUAUCGACACCGAGAAGGACUACCCCUACACUGCUCGUGAUGGCAAGUGCGACCAGCGCAAGAAGAACACCAAGGUUGUCUCCAUCGAUGGGUACGAAGUUGUUCCUGUGAAUAAUGAGAAGGCCCUGCAGAAGGCCGUCGCAAAUCAGCCUGUUAGUGUCUCUAUUGAUGCUGGCAGCCGGGAGUUCCAGCUAUACCGCUCGGGAAUUUUCACCGGAGGAUGUGGGACUCAUCUUAACCAUGGCGUUGUUGUCGUUGGCUAUGGCACUAAGAAUGGCACGGACUACUGGAUUGUCAGGAACUCAUGGGGUGGUGGCUGGGGAGAGUCUGGGUAUAUUAGAAUGGAGCGCAAUGUCCGCACAUCCACUGGCAAGUGCGGGAUCGCCAUCAGGCCAUCUUACCCCACUAAGAAGGGCCGGAAGAUUAAUGCAUGAGAAAAUCAUUGAAUUGUUGGUGAGGAGAGAAUGAAGCAUGCUUGCAUUGAAUCAAAUAAUGCUCAACUUGAUGGUAUUUACCUACUUUCACUUGAUUAAUAACAAUCCUGUCACGAUUGCCCA